AAUGUUUAAUUAUAUAAUAGUUAGGCUUAUCUAUUGUAAGAAGACAUGCGUACGUGAGCGUUUGCGGUCAAUUGGAUUGGUCAAAAAAGAUUGAGUGCAUGUUCUAAUUACUUCAUCGGCCGCUCAACGCCAUCAUCGUGCGGGAUUACGGCGAUCCAUCAUAAAAAUAUCAUAAUGACGGACAGACGCUGCGUGUCUCAUCUAAAGCUAAUACACCAGUAACCAUCUGUAUUAUAGACUCUACAUCCUCCUAAUUACAAUCCCGUCGUAUUAUGCCAAUAUGAUAUUUACAAACGCACAGCACUCACAAUUAUUAGUAUUAUUUUUUUUUUCUUCGUAUCAUUUUCAUUAGUGAUUAAGAGCGACCUCUUCUGCGCUUUGUUCUGUGCAUCAAUACGAUUACACUCUCGCAGCACGGUUGAAUAAUUUAUGUAAUUUCGUGUUUGCGUUUCAGUACAUUUGUCUAGGCUAUAGGCUAGCUACCUCGUAUCAGCAUCGAUAAGCAUCUCACGGGCAUUAUUCAUCAUAAACCAUGAUUCGAUAAGCAUAGCACAUUGUUAAAUGACAGAAUUGUGUUGCUAUUUGUAUGCGCCAAAAUGAUACCAAACAACAAGUGAUAGGCCUAAUUAUGCUCAUCGUUCAAACACCUGGAUCGAUAUUGACAUCGUGAACGAACCUGAGGAAGGGAACCACACUCACCUUCCAAUUAUGAGUAUGUAAAAGAGAACCUAGCGUGGGAUAUUCGAGAACUACAUCAUUUUGAUCGACACAGAAAAGCAUGUAGUGUACGUUCUGAUCGGCGUACGAUGUUACCAAACUGUAUUCAUUUAGCGGAAGAUCUUUACGUUGAAGAUCGAUUUCCAAGAGGAAUAGACGUUAGAGUGGGCCCUUUGUCUGACUCUGAGUGUGCAUCUUAUGCAGCGUGACUGGAAGGCCUCUAGCAGUCUUACCACGACCACAUUUAUUAAACAGCGACGUGCAGAGGCCUAGGUCCGUGGAACCCAUACCAUUUUUAUCCCUUCAGUGAAUUGACCCAUUGUGUUAAAAUAUGGUAGAUGCGAGGAAUGAUAAACCACUUCUUCCAUUGGUCAUCUUGGUUUGUGGCGUCAUCGGUGGACUGGCGCUGGUUAUCACACUCAUAUUUUGCUGCAAAUACUGUAUCGGGAAAAAUAGGAAAUUCUGUCGAUGGCGGCACCAACGAUCCCCGUAUCAGCUUCCAGGUGGAAUGAGUGUAGAACUGCCCUUGACGGGCGAAAAGCAUCAUUUCACCCCUAUCAGAGAUGAAAGUCAAGUUCCCCUCAAACCUGAAUCGGAAAACUAUGAUAGCGGCGAAGAUGAACAUCAGACUUCCCAUCGAUCCAGCUGUGUGUUGAAAAUGGAACCGUUGUUGGAUUUUCCAGAUAAAAGUCAAAUGUCCGACCUUAGUAUACCACUGGAAAGGGGACAGACAAGUAAUGGCAAUACUGUGUGUGUUGAAGACUCCCCUGGUACACAUAUCAAAAACUCCUCUCAGAAACCGUCAGCAAAAUUAAGAAAAACACCUAACUACCAAAGGAGGUAUACUGAUGACAAUUGUGAUAAUCGUGACGGAAGCCCAAAUUUCAACAACCAGUACAGUAGUCGGGCGAGAUCAUUAGAUAUAGAGCAUCUUGCGAGGCUAAACGACUUAAAAGAAUGGAGUGAAGAGCAUGUGAGCCCCGAAUGUAAACCAAGGCCUACUUUAAAGGUUCAACAAGCAAUCACAAGAACACCUUCCCCCUGUGAGAGUCCACACAUGAGCGAAGUGGCCGUUCAAUUUCAUAAAGAUAUUGAAGGACGGUCACAUCCUUAUGACGACAAACUAGAUAGUGCUGAGCCGUACAUUAACAGAGACGUCUAUCUUCAUGACGAACGCGAACUAUCUCAGACUCAAUCUUUCCAGACUCCCUGGGUUUCCAGUCCACGAAGCGCUCACUCUCCAAAACCGAAACCAACGUUACAACACAUUCGGCCUUUAUCUGCCGAGUACUAUAUCGAUUCUAAAAACAAAGGAUUUGGUCGCGGCUUUCAUCUUCCAGAAAUCGAGGUAGAAGAUCAAACUCUCAGCCGUAUAGAAAAGCAGCAAGAUUACCGAGAACUAUGGAAACUCCGUGCUACCUUCGAGCUAGAGGAAUCCACUUCAAAUAGCUCUGAACCAGAUACAGUGAUUACGGCUAUUCAGGAAACUGAAAAUAUUAACCCGGAAUAUGAAAUUAGCACAAUGAAACGAAGAUAUCAUUCCAUGGAUGAAAGCAAGGAUCGGUUAUUGGUUCAACAGAAACAUAAACUACAUGCCCGUACAAAAGACGAUAGUUUUGAUUUGGCGUUCAGUAGUAUUAGCACAGAGGAGUCGGAUACUUCUGAUCGCAGCAAAGGACAGUCCGGUGAUAGUUCUGGUAGAGAAGGCGGCAGAAAUCUUCGUCAAAUGCAAGGGGAUAGCGGAUAUGCUUCAAUUGAACAAAAAUGUAUGUCUGAACAAAAACGUUAUCUUUAUGCAAUGAGUGACAAGGAGAGCACGAGUAUCGAAAGCUACGUACCAAGUCUGUCGAGUGAGUCCAGUCCCAUUCGGGAAUAUCCAUCGUUAGUUAGGGAUGCAUCUACAGAGGUUGAAGACGACGUUGAUAAGUAUUUUACGCGAAAACGCGGUGAUUCCCGUACAGCCUCAAAAAAACGUCGACAAUUUACUUCCGGAAAAGGUGAAGCCAUUGAUGAUAGCUUCAGCUUUCCAGAAGAUGAAAGUGAGGCUGAUUCUCAAUCUGCGUCUACAUUCUUUGACUCUGCCAGUGAUGCGUCCGUAAACCUGGGCUCGGAUUCUCAGAGUGAAUCAUCAUCAGUUCGUAGAAAAUUUGGAAGGCUUGGUAGACUGUUUAGGAGUCAUCGUGACGACCGAUUUCAGUACUAUUUUAAACGAGAUUAUAGUAUAGACGAAAAGACUGACAAAAUAUUCAAAGAGUUCCUCCGCCAGGAUUCAAUGUUCGAUACGCCAGCAACGUACAAAUCACGACGAAACAGACGACUCAGAAUUAGCAGAAAACAACAUAGUGAUUCACUACUUGAUACACCGAGAAAAAUCCUCGAAGUCCCCGAUCCCACGGAUCUGAGGAGUGCUAGUGAAGAUUACACUGUAGAAUUCUGGACGAGAAAAUCUGGACCUAGUAUGUCCUCAAGUAGAAGCCGUAUGUCAUCACGUAAAUUUGUACUUCAGCAGGAUAGUAUUGAGGAAGAGUUCUUACGCGAGGAACGCAAACGAAUAUUAGAUGACGAUCCUUUACCAGUUGAAACUAUAACCCAAGUUGUACGAGCCCCGGUGGCAUGGGACACAAUCCCAGAAUGGAGAUCAAGCGAACCGGAGAGGUUGGAUGUGGAAGUCAAAAAGGAUCGAAUUACAAAAUCAGAAGAAAUACGAUUAAAUAUCGAUGAUGCCGUUGAAGGUAAUAGAUGUAGUGCGUUCACACCUGUCGGUAAACGGUCUCCACAACUUCCAAGAGCAGAUAUACGUAAUAGUCCAAGUAGAACCAAGCAAUCGGUUAUCGAACCACCUCAUAGUAAACAAUGUGGCCUUGACACAGCUUGCAUUUCCCCACAGAUGGAUGAAAUAUUUUUUAGUGGAAACCAUUUUGUAGGAGGCGGAAUAGGACGAGGAAGAGGGGAGAUGAAGCGAAAUAUUUAUAGCGAUAAUUCAAGAGUGAUGUCUAUACCUGUCCUCCUUGCACCAGACGAUGACCAACCAAAGAACCAAACGCCAAUGUUAUCCCGGCCUUCACCACGUCACUCACCAAGACUUUCAUCCCAGUCACGAUCACAUACCAUCGAUUCGACCUCCCCAACAAUAAGACAUUUUCACAAGUUUUCCUGUUCACCUACAUUAACAAUUGAGCUUGCAGAGGACAAUACACCAGCAGACGUUUACACAUCUGACAAAAAGCGAAGUAGUUCAUUUGAGGAGCAUAAAAUAUCCUACAGAGAGAACAAGAGUGGUCGGAAUAGGGAUUAUGAGUUUGAGUCACCGGUAGGUAUGUCCUUCUUAGAUGUUCCUUGCCAACGGGAGCGCCCCCAUAGUGCCUCUUCGUUAACUCGACUUAGAGAUGAAAGCCAUUCACCCAUAUUAGAAAGAAGACAUAGUACCGAAUUUACAAUGGAUGAAGACAAAAGUGGACAAGCUCGAAAAGAUUUUAAUUACCGAACAAACAAAUCUAAUAGACAUGAAUUUCACACAAAAAGGAUUUCGUCAGAAAACAGCAUUUCAGUAAAGAGUCGGAGUUCCGGUGACAUAAAACGAGCUUCAGGUCGAACACAAAGUGCCUUGGAUGUGUUUGCUGCUCAAGAGCCAUAUUUUGACAGACGUGAUAGACCACUAAGAUUCCAUGCCAAUAGAGAACUGCGUUACAGCAAACAACCUCCUGCAAGUGGGACAUCUCGGCGAUCUGAUAUCAAUAGAGGGCGUGGGACUGGUCGCGAUCUCUCCCCGUCAGAACCUUACCACGGCUUCGACUAACUUCUCCAAUAUUAUAUUAACUUUACUAAUGGGUAUAUCGUUCAGAUUAUAGUUCACUUUCAUACUAAAGAGAAUUAUGACAAUGCUUGAACCAACAUGUUAAUACCUGUCACAGCUUUUUACGAGAAUAUUCGAUCAUCAAAUAGUAAAACAAACAUCACAUUGAAAUAUUUUACUACCUACUAAGAUUCGGACCGAAACAUAUGACCAAGAUAUGAAUAUCGAUAAUAUAAUACUACUGAAUUACUUGAACUGUCAAACUAAAUCAUCGUAAAACAAAAGAAAUCGGAAUUCAUAACUCUUAUCCCAUUUCACUCUCAUAGCCCAUGGCCUAGCAUUGGGUGCAGUGCACACUAUAUUAUUGUAUUUGUUUUCAAGUGGGCAUACAUAACGAAAACAAGAUUCUUAAUCAUAAUAGCGCAUGCGCAGCAUAUUUGCGAUAUACAUUUUUAUUAGCAUAUUACAUCAUAUUUACACGCGUAUACAUAUAUCCACCUCAUUCUCACACCAGGUCAAAUACAGGUGUUUACUGAAAAUGUAUAUUAUUUGCACAACUAAAUCCAGUGAUUUUGAAUGGUCUUCCUACAUCAAAACAAAGUGAAAUUUUACAAGUUAGGGGAAAAUUAACACUGAGAUAAUUGGCACACGGCGUAAUUUUUUUAACAGAUGUUUCCAAUAAGCAUGAUACGUAACACCAAAAUUUUCGGAUACGACAUUCGAUUUAAUCGUACACAUAAUAACAAUAAGGUAGAUGAUGCAAUGAAUAAAUAUUAGGCAAAAACUGAAAAGAAAAAAAAACCAAAAAAAAAAACAAAACAAAACAAUCAAUUCCACCGUUACUUAACAUUUCGCAUACAUGGCGAGUUAUACAUUAUACUAGACAACUUCGUACUGUAAUUCAUGGUUUAGUGUUAUGAUGUUCGCAGUGUAUGCUAAAUGUUAAGGUUUAAGUUUGUUUUCCGGUCUUUAAUAGAUAUUGAUUCUAGUUCUCAGAUGUAUGAGCGGUAGUCUGAGAAAUUUCCCCAAUAUAUACUUAUGAUGAUUUUGUUUUUUUUCUUUACUUUUUCGGUACAGAAAGCAUAAAACAACGAUUUCUGAAAUUGUUAAUGUAUUUAAUUAGUAUUUAAUAGCUCCCUCUGCUACGCCCCUGUUAACAUGUACUUGAUUAUAAUGUACUGUUAAAUAUAGACAUUUUAUCGGACACUAUAUUCUAUGAUUGUAGAUGUGUCUAUAAAAUAUUAACGAAAAUUUUAAAUGAACUCGUAGUUUUCAGACUACCAAUUUCUCAAUUAGCAAGACAAUUUGUAAUGUGCAAUAUUCAUAAUUUACUACUAGCCUACUAAUUAUACUAUUAACACUUUUAAUUGUUCAGAACGUCAAACGUUACCAGACUGAAGUGUACGUAUCGUUUGUAAUACGAUACUGUAAACGAAAAACAAAACUUAUGCAAUAUGCUAUAAAUAAUGUACAAAUAAUAGUUAGGCCUAUAUAGACAACGUUUAUUGAGUAAAGGAUUGAAUUAGCAAAAUUUGAUUCAUAAUUGUGUUAUGUUUAUAAUGUACAGCUUUCAAGAAAACUGUUCGAUAAGUAAAGGAAAUGGCAUAACACUUUUAAAGAAUAUUAUCAGAAUCAUUUAAUAUAUAAUACAUUUUGUGCAAUUAAAUUAAGUUACUGAGUUACUGGAGCACCUCCAUAAAUUAAAUAGGAAUCGAAAUGUUUGUAUCACUAUUCUAUGUAUGGACGUAUUAUUUUGUACUGUUGUUACAUAAUGAAUCGUUUCCAUUUUGUACUUAAAUUUGUAAAUUAUUUAAAGAAUAAAUUUGUUAUGAUAUACAAAGGGUAUUGUGAUUUAGUAUGUGCAAUUUUGGUUCAUACAAAAAUGUUUGAUAAAGCAUUAUGGUCUUAAAUUUCAGAUGGUGCUUCGAUAUUUUUGAAUUAACUUUCAUUUUGAUGUUGGAUCAAACGUAAUGACAUAUCGAAGUUUUGUAACUUUUAAAUGUGCCUAGCUGAUUUUGUUUGUUUUAAAACAUUACAUCUGAGUUUAUAUGCAAAAUGGUGCGUAGACCCAUUAAUUCUUAGAUAAUGUUAUAUUUCAAAAUGAUGUGUUUGUAUUUGUAAAUAUUGUAAAUGUUUCGAAUGUGUGUUGGGUAUGAAUUGAUGUAAACUUAUAGAAAUAUUCUGUCCGUGAUCUUUUAUACUUGAUAUAUUGUUAACGAGCUGGACUCAUCUGCCAAAAACGAGCUUUCAUAGCACAUCUCUAAUCAUAUUGUAUAUGACGCUCAAUUAUAGCUAUGCAGUGCUUACGUUGCAAAAUGUAUUUUAGUAAAUUUAUUAAUUGAACAUGCUGUCUCAGUAAUCGUAUUGUUAUAAACACGUAUAUUCCUUUAUUCACUAUUAACAGUCCAGGCUGUGCUUGGAUAUUGGAAAGGUCCGCUAUUAUUUGCCUGAACCUCGAGGCCUUAUUCUCCUUCUUAAAAGCAGCGCCGCCAACGAUCGAACCAAGUUAUAGCUUACAUGUUGGUGGCGCUCUAUCGAUUUAUUUUUCAUCGUGUGUAAUAUCUACUGUUUAUAUCUAUGCAUGGGUAAACAUAACGUAUUUAAUUCUAUGAAACCCGAUCAGCGUAUUAUGUAAGGCCUAUUCUUAUUACCUAGGCUAUAUCAAUUCGAAUAAUAUUUAAAUAUAAAUUUUAUAUUUCGGAAGAAACAAAUAUAUUCCCAAGAACAUAUAGAGAUUAUUAUCACCCAUUACAUUGUUACUAAUGCAUGGAAUUAAAUAGUUUUAAGUAAACUAAUGAAUACCUAUUCGACUGGUAACAGUAGAUAUUGAAUUUAAGUGUUUAAAUACUAUAAUUAAUUAUAAAAAAGAACAGUUAGGAGCGAUUCACAAUUGCCAGUUUUUUUCACACGCUGCAGAAACAAUGGGAAGGCGUUGCACACAACUUUCGUACAUUUUUACAAUAUUACUCUGCCAUAUACGGAGAAAAACUGUCUAUGCGUGCGAUGUGCAACUGCAUAAUUCGGCUUACUAGACAAAAAAAACUAUGAAUAGCCUUGCAAAUGUUUGAUGUACAAAUUCUAAGGGAAUAAAAGGAUCAUCGUACAAUUGUGAAAAUAAUAUAAUUGUGAAUGGCUAAUUCGAUAUAUUGACAUAUUCUAUACGGACAAUUCAACCACAUGCUAGGUUGAAGCGGUGGUGUAGGCUUAGAAUAGAACAAAUACAGUAUAAAUACGCCAAUUCGUAGUUCCAACCGCGCAUGCUCGUAUCAAGGUCAAUUGACAUAAACACCAUACACACAACAUAGGUUUAUGCUGACCUUGGAUAUGAGCAUGCGCAGCACCAACCACGAAUGGCUUAUUAUACCUAUAUUAUUAACGGGUGAAGACGAAUGCAUACUUUCUUCUGCUUGCAUAUUACUGUGUCACUUUCAAUGUAUAAUCAAAUAACGUUCGUUUUCUAUUAUUUAAUUAAUUCGAAAACCUCAUACUCGGAUGGCUAUUUUGGAUUACGUACUUAAAUUGCCUAAUGGUUUUUCAAAUAAAUUCCAAAUAAAUACAUGUAAUAAAUAAAUUCAAUUAAACAAACAUUAUGUAGAGUAUUCGACUUUUUUUUAUCUCUUUUCUUUUUACCUUUUUUUUUAAAUUUAAUUUUGUAACUUAAUGCAUUUUCUUUUGGUUCCUUUCUUUACUUAUCCUUUUCCUGUUCGGUCAUAACUAUAUUUCUGCUACAUAAACACCCACAUAGUCCAACUGUAUUAUUUAAUUUGCAGUUAAUUGGAUUAACAUGUUUGAUGUAUUAAAAAAAAUUAAAAGUGUUAAUAUUGUAUUAGUAUGUAAGAUACUUAAAUUUACGAGAAGUCAAACUCUUCUGCUGCACUAUAACUAAUAAUUCAGCAACAUUUCAAUGUCACACCUAUCGUUACUAAAGAUAGUACAGUAUGUGUUGUUUACAGUGUACAUACAAUUAUUAUAUAUUAACUGUUUGUGAAAUAGAUUAAUAUAUGCAGAUUGGAUAUCUUAAAAUCUAUGCACAUACAGACAUAUGAUGGUGUGUAAAAUAUAAGCACUGACAAUUACUCGCAUGUGUUGUACUGGUACAAUAUAACUUAAAAGUUCACAUAGAAAAUGAUCCCGAACCUUUCACAAACAUCCAUACUCCAUCCAAUUACCAACAAUUAAUGUUUGAAUUAUUUUCAAGUAAUUAUUCGAAGUACGCAAGUGAGUUUUCCUACGACAUUACGUGAUUUGCAUAAUUCAUGAGCUGUUCAAUACAACAUUUGCAUAUAUGAAAA